AUGAAUUCAUUUUGGGAAGACGACGGAGAGGAUACAGAGAAUGAAGAGACAUUCAAGACUGUGAUUAAAGCAACCAAUUUCAUAAAUGAUGAAGAUGACGAUGGUGGUGCUUGGAAUUCACCGACCAACGCUGAGUUGUCAAGUGACUGGGGAGAAGAUCCAUUCAAGGGAAAACAAGCUGGUGCUGGUGGUGCCAAGAAGAACAACAAGGACAAGAAACCAAAGAAUAGCAACCAACAACAACAACAACAACCAUCAACAACAAACAAUGUAGAAACAACAGAUACUACUGAUGGUGACAACAACAACAACAGUAACAGCAACAACAACAACAACACAAAUACUACAGAUGUAAAAGAUGUAUUAGUAAAUGAAAAUCCAGUUGAUCAUCAACAAUUUGAAGAUCAACAACAAUCAUCAUCAUCAAAUAAUAAUAUAGUUAAACAAAAAAAAUCAAAUAUAAAUGAUGAAACACAAUUUCCAAGUUUGUCAACAAAGAAUCAAAAAAUCAAAAGAAAAACACCACAAACCUCAGGUGACAAUGAUGACAGUAAUGACAAUGAGAAUGAAGCUGAUGAUCACCAACAACAACAACAACAAUCUUCAUUACCAUCAUCAACCGGUAAAUCAUGGAGUCAAUUACUUUUGGAGAGAAAAGAUGAUUUCGAUCAAAUCGAUAAGGAGAGAGAACAGAAAGAAAAGGCAGACAAGGAGAGAGAGUUAAACGCCGACGUCGACCAAUCAAGUGCACAAGAGACAACACGUUCUGCACCAUUGAUCAUCAAGGCACAAAAGUCGGUCCAUUCAUACCAGCCACUCACAAGUAAGAGCAGCACUAAGUCUAAGCCAGUCAACAACGUUGAAGUUGUCACACCAACACCAACACCAACUCCUACUCCUGUUGCUUCAAACCAAACUAAAAGUAGUAGUACUACAUCCAAGUCUACAGCAGCAACAGCAAAGACAGAGACUAAACAACAACAACAACAAUCAACAAAGAGUGCUUCUAAAACAACUUCAACACCAACACCAACACCAGCUCCUGCUCCUGUAUCAACACCAGCACCAAAGUCUGAAACUAAACAACAACAAUCAACUUCAACUUCAACAUCAAAACCAAAUGUAACUAAUAAUAAAUCUAGUACUACUAAAGUAAAUAAACCAACAGCACCAACACCCACUCCAUCAGCACCAGCAAAGUCUGAAACUAAGCAACAACAACAGCAGCCAACUAAGACUACUACUAAAGUAGAUAAUAAAUCAUCUACCAAAACAACUACACCAACAACAGUAACAGCAACUAAGAAUAAUACUCAAACAGCUAAACCAGAAGUUAAACAACAACAACAACCAGCUGUAGCAUCAACAUCAAACAAAAAGAAGAAAUCAAAGUCAAAAGAAACAGUAGUUACCACUUCAAACGUAGAGUCAUCAUCCACUUGGAAUAGAACAAUCAUCUCAAUUCUCAUUGUAGCAGUUGCUUUUGCAGUUGCAACCAAACUACCAGAGAUUAUGAUUACUCUCGGUAGUCUCACAUCACAAAAGAAAUAA